CUCCUUGCAGACCAAGAUGUAAUAGGUUUAUGACAGAAAAAUUUCUACUGGACAACUCUGGGAAGAAUAAGUUAUUUGUUGCCACUGCCAGAAAAUAAGUCUUCAAAUGUCUCCUACGUUGUAUCCAGUUGGACUUGCUCCAAGCUUUCUGCCAUCUUAGAUCUAGCCAUCAACACAAUAAUUUCAUCACUACCAUUGUCAAAAUCCACAGCUUCUAAGGGUUGUAAUCAGAAGGAGAGGGGCUCUGAUAUUGCGUCAACCUCUUGGGACAUUUUUCCAUUCCAAAGGUCAAGCAUCAAUGGCUGAUGAUUUACUACUCAACAGACCAGAGGAAUGGAUCUGAGCUGUCACUGCACACCACCAUUAACGCCCCCCUUUUCAGAUACUGCUUCUCGUUUGUCCCAUGGUAGACACGGUUUAUCUCCUCCUGGUCUUAGAGGAUUGCCCUGCAAGUACAUCCCUCACUCUGUAAUAUCUCAGCAAAGGCCGCCUUGCCCUUGCAGUCAGAGCUGCAAGCAGUGUCUCCUAGGGAACCAGACCUUUCCCACCAGUGAUGUGGACUUAUGCCCACAUUGCAUUAACAAAAGCUCUCCAGUCUGCUGCCAAGAAAGCCAAAACUCUGCCUGUCUUGAACGAUGUAUCCAUUCUCACCCUUUGUGGCUUUCAGCUCAGAUAGAAGGGAGUAGGAUGCAACCUGUGCUAGGUAGCUGGGCUGUGCUCUCCAAAGACCCUGUGCAAGAGGCAAUUGACCGAUCUGAGCACCAACUGAUGCCUGAGAACUGCAUUGUUUACUUCCUCAACACAAAAGAUACGGACUUUACAGGGCAAUGCGGACACUGCGUUCCUUCUGGGCCAAAACAUUAUGCCAUCUAUUCGUCACCAAUUUCCUCCAGCUACUUGCGAAAUGAAAGUGGUCACCGAUUCUCUAACAACAUACCACCUGUCCUUGUUGCUCUGUAUCCCAGGGAACGAGGUUUGCCACCUCAUGUGGAACAAGUAUCCCAAAUUGAUCGAACUCCCACACCUCCUCUGGCAGAGAGCUAUUUGGCCUUCUCUGGCUAAUAGGCCAUAUGCCAAGAAUGCUGAUAUUCCUUUAUGCUCAAGAAAGGAAGCAUAAAAAGUGAAUAGUUAGCAACUGCAUCCAAUCA